GUCUCUUUCCGAUCUGAUAACACUUUUACCGUGUAUGUAUGUAGACCACACUAUUGACUCUCUUUGCUCCUCUUUCUCUCUGUUCUCGCAAUGGCUCAUCUCUUCAGAGACCUCUCAUUGGGCCACUCAAAGAGAGAGACAACGCCGCCGCUACCGCCGAUGAUAAUGCCUCCCAAACCCGCCGCUGUUGCCGAUGACCUCCCCUCUCCGCUCGGGCAACUCGCCGCCAACCUCUCCGAUUCCGAACUCGCCCUAACUGCCUACGAGAUCUUCGUCGCCGCUUGCCGCACCUCCUCCGGGAAGCCUUUGAGUUCUGUUUCUAACUCGUCCUCCAACCACUCUAACUCUCCAAGUAACAACUCGCCGAACUCUCCUGCGUAUCAGCGAUCUCUCACCUCCACCGCCGCCAGCAAGGUCAAGAAGGCAUUCGGCUUGAAAUCGCCGGGUUCGGGUUCCAGAAAGAGUCCUGGCUCAGGUUCCGGUUCCGGUUCGGGCCAGGGAAAGCUGAAGCGGCCACUGACGGUUGGAGAACUCAUGAGGAACCAGAUGAGGGUUUCGGAAGCCAUGGAUUCGCGCGUGAGGCGAGCACUGCUUAGGAUUUCUGCUGGACAGGUUGGAAGACGGAUUGAGUCUGUGGUGGUUCCCCUUGAGCUGUUGCAGCAACUCAAGGCUUCGGAUUUUACUGAUCAGCAAGAGUAUGAAGAAUGGCAGAAGAGAACCCUGAAGGUUCUGGAGGCGGGUCUAAUUUUGCACCCUCAUAUGCCGUUAGAUAAAUCGAAUUCUGCUGCGCAGCGUCUGCGGCAGAUUAUUCAUGCCGCUUUGGAUAGGCCUAUAGAAACCGGGAAGAAUAAUGAGUCUAUGCAGGUUCUUCGUAGUGCUGUCACGUCUCUUGCUAGUAGGUCAUAUGAUGGAUCUCUCACUGAUUCGUGCCAUUGGGCAGAUGGGAUUCCUCUGAAUCUCCGGCUUUAUGAAAUGCUUUUACAAUCGUGCUUUGAUGCUAAUGAUGAAUCCUCAAUUAUUGAUGAAUUUGAUGAGCUCAUGGAACAGAUCAAGAAGACCUGGGGAAUUCUUGGAUUGAACCAAACGCUUCAUAAUCUCUGUUUUACUUGGGUUUUGUUUCACCGGUUUGUUGCAACUGGCCAGGUGGAUUUGGACCUGCUAUCUGCUGCUGACGGUCAGCUAGCGGAAGUUGCAAAAGAUGCAAAGACAACAAAAGAUGCAGAAUAUUCCAAAAUUUUGAGUUCUACGUUGACUUCAAUAUUGGGGUGGGCUGAGAAAAGGCUCCUUGCUUAUCAUGAAACUUUUGACCGUGGAAAUGUUGAAACCAUGCAGGGCAUUGUCUCUUUAGGGGUAGCAGCAGCUAAGAUUUUGGUUGAAGAUAUAUCAAAUGAGUAUCGCCGGAGGAGAAGAAAUGAAGUCAAUGUGGCACGUGAAAGAAUUGAAACUUACAUCAGGUCAUCGCUGCGUACUGCUUUUGCCCAGAUAAUGGAGAAAGCUGACUCCAGCAGGAGAGCAUCCAAAAACCAGCCAAAUGCUCUCCCUGGCCUUGCCAUCCUUGCAAAGGAUGUAGGUAGCCUGGCAGUCCAAGAAAAGCAAGUGUUCAGUCCAAUACUUAAGAGAUGGCAUCCUUUGGCAGCAGGUCUUGCCGUGGCCACCCUUCAUGCAUGCUAUGGAAACGAAUUGAAGCAAUUCAUUUCUGGUAUCACAGAAUUGACACCCGAUGCUGUCCAAGUGUUAAGAGCUGCAGAUCAGUUGGAGAAAGACCUUGUGCAGAUAGCAGUUGAGGAUUCUGUGGAAAGUGAUGAUGGUGGCAAAGCAAUUAUCCGUGAGAUGCCUCCUUAUGAGGCUGAAGGUGCAAUUGCCAAUCUUGUGAAAAUAUGGAUUAAGACUAGAAUAGACAGACUGAAGGAAUGGGUUGAUAGAAAUUUGCACCAAGAGCUUUGGAGUUCUCAAGCAAAUAAGGAAGGAUAUGCUCCAUCUGCUGUUGAAGUGUUGCGAAUCAUAAAUGAAACUUUGGAUGCAUUUUUCCAGCUUCCAAUACCGAUGCAUCCUGCAUUACUUCCCGACGUGAUGAAUGGCCUUGACAGAUGCCUUCAGUACUAUGUUACCAAAGCAAAAUCUGGCUGUGGAUCACGAAACACAUUUGUUCCAACAAUGCCGGCAUUGACCAGGUGUGCUAUUGGCUCAAAGUUUCAAGGCUUUGGGAAGAAAAAAGAUAAAUCUCCAAAUUCUCAGAAGAGAAACUCUCAGGUUGCAACACAUGGGGAUAGCUCUUUUGGAAUACCACAACUUUGUGUUCGCAUAAAUACUUUGCAGUGGAUCUUGGGUGAAUUUGAUGUUCUGGAAAAAAGAAUAAUUACCCUUUUACGAAACUCUGAAUCUGCUCAUGAAGAAGAUUUUUCAAAUGGAUUAGCAAAGAAAUUUGAACUUUCUCCAGCCGCAUGUCUUGAAGGAAUUCAGCAACUCUGUGAAGCUGCAGCAUAUAGAAUUAUCUUCCAUGAUCUAAACCAUGUUUUAUGGGAUGGUUUGUAUGUUGGGGAUCCAUCGUCUUCCAGGAUUGAGCCAUUUCUUCAGGAACUUGAGCAGAAGUUGAUGUUCAUUUCAGACACUGUUCAUGAAAGAAUUCGCACACGUAUUAUUACUGAAAUAAUGAGAGCUUCCUUUGAUGGAUUCUUGCUUGUAUUGCUUGCUGGAGGGCCCUCCCGAGCUUUCUCCCGUAAGGACUCUCAGAUUAUAGAGGAUGAUUUCAAAUUUCUUAAGGAACUGUUUUGGGCCAACGGGGAUGGCUUGCCUUCUGAAUUAAUAGAUAAGUUUUCAUCUACUGUGAGGUCUAUCCUCCCCCUUUUCAGAGCUGACACAGAGAGUCUCAUUGAGCAGUUUAGACGGCUGACGUUGGAGACAUAUAAAUCCUCUGCCAGGUCUAAACUUCCAUUACCUCCAACUUCUGGACAGUGGAAUCCUUCUGAGCCAAACACAUUGUUACGUGUUUUAUGUUAUAGAAAUGAUGAAUCAGCUUCUAAGUUUCUUAAAAAGGCAUAUGAUCUACCCAAGAAACUUUAACAGCCGUGAGAACCAACUAAUGGAAUGCCAAACUGGGAUAAUACUUGGAUCGGAUGUGCAUUCUAUAUAACUUUCUGGUUCUGCUUGUAUUUAGUACAACGUUGCCUCUCAGGUAUUUAUCUGCAUUGUUGAGCAAGAUUUAUUUAAGGAUGCGGCUGUCCUGUAGGACAAUGGGAGUAAUUGGCCGAAGGCUCAGUGCUACUGGCAUAUUCUCUUAAGACCCAAACUGAGGCAGCGUAAAUGUCGGCCAUGAGUAUGGCAGGCUUAUUUGUGAAGGUAGUUGAAUAUUCUUUCUGAUUCAUUAAUUAUUGGAAGAUUAGAGAUAUCUCACGGUGGUUUAUUCUGUGUUUAGCUUAAUUUUUGUUUUACCGUUUGAGAGUUUCUAUAUAUAUUAUAUGAAAAUGGUAUCUAUGUUCUCAUUAUUCUUUUGUUAAAUUCCUUUGGAUUGGGUUGUCCCCUUUUUUACCAGUAUGAAAUGCAGGCAUUGUAUAAUAGCCCAUUUGUUGAUUGAAGAAGUUUAUACCAUUAUUUAUUAGUUAUGAAUGAAAAUGCCGGCGAUGAUUGUAAGUUGGGAUUAACAUUGUAUAUAUGCUAAUUCACUACUCUUUUAUGCUAUACAUAUCUUUCUUUAGUCAGAGAUGUUUGUUUUUUGAAUAUAUCCAAACGAAGCUUCUGGUCGGGAGUGACGAGACGUGCCAUGUGUGGACAGCUAGAAAAACCCUUGGCUGCUUGAUUAUGGAAAACGCCAAGACUGAAUACACAUUAUCUGGUGUCACCAGGGUAAUUGAUUGCUCUUGUACUACUUCCUUGGAUUGAGGUUACGAAUUUAAUUUACAAACGUGAAAAAAUUUACUAUUUCGUGAUCCACCAUUCGUAGGUUAGUAGCACGUUUUCCAAACGUGUUACCUUGCUGUUUUGGCACAAACAAUUGGCCAGGAUAUAUCUACAAUUUUAUUUGAUAAUUGCUGACAACUGUUACCCAAUAUACUAUUUGUUUAUUU